AUGACAAACGAAAAACAAACCUGGUUUAUUACAGGCUGCUCCAGUGGCUUCGGGGAACAGUUUGUACGCCAACUUCGCGAACGGGGUGACAACGUCGUCGCCACAGGCCGGAAUGCUGAGAGCAAACUUGCGCACCUGAAGGAUACCGGUGCCACUAUCCUUGAACUCGAUGUUACGGCACCUCAGGAAGAGCUGAACGCGAAGUUUCAGCAGGCCAUCGAUAUCUAUGGGGGAGUCGAUGUACUCGUGAACAACGCGGGGUACAUUCAAUGCGGGGCUAUCGAGGAGCUCACACCGGAGGAUAUGAAACGAUCCCUCGACACUAACUUCCAUGGGCCUAUCAACCUGACCCGCGCUGCAUUGCCGCAUUUUCGCAGCAAGGGUGAGAAGGGUCAAGGUAUGAUCAUUUACAUGGGAUCGCAGUCUGGUUUUUGGGGAGAGCCAGCUGCAUCCGCGUACUGUGCCAGUAAAUUUGCUUUAGAAGGAGCCGUUGAAAGCCUCUCGAAAGAGCUAGGCUGGCUUGCACCAGGCAUUAAACCCCUCAUUAUAGAAGCAGGCAUCUUCAGCACUGAAGUCAUGAGGAAUAUCAACCAUGUUCCUUACCGAGUCGAUUUCUACCGGGGCCUUAACGACGCGUGUCGCGUGCGCGGAGAAGGCAACUACCGCAACCCACCGGGCAAUGCCGUGGAUUUGAUUGCCAAGAUCAUCCAGAUUGCGAAGGGAGAGGGUAUUGCAGAGGGCAAAGAGAUCCCAUUGCGUGUGCCGUUUGGUAGUGAUUCUCUUGGAUUCCUUAAGGAGAAGGCGCGGGAUAUGAUGCGCAUUGCAGAGGAAGGGAAGAGAUUGCCCGCAAAGGGCGAAUUCGCGGCCGCUAAAUUCAAGC